AUGCUUACACCUCCCGUGUCGCCUCACAGAGUCGAACUAGAGUCAAGCUCAACAGGGUCUUCUUUCCCCGCCGAUCGUUCCAAGCCCGUUCCCUUGGCUGUGGUUUCGCUAGAUAGUAGUUCAUUGAAACAUUUUAAACCUGACUUUCCAUUAUUUCUCUAUAUUUUUCAUCCAUUCUUUCUGUCUUCCUUCUUUGCUUCCAUCCUUCCUUCCCUCCUUUCAUUCUUAAUUCUUUCUUUCAUGCCUUCAUUUCUUUCUUUUCCUACACUUUUUCUUUCAUUUUUCAUUCUUCUUAUUCUCUCUUUCAAUCUUUCUUUCUUUCUUUCUUUCAUUUUUCAUUCUUCUUAUUCUCUCUUUCAAUCUUUCUUUCUUUCUUUCUUUCUUUCUUUCUUUCUUUCUUUCAUGCCUUAUUGGAACACAUCAUUUUUUUUUCUUUUUUUCUUUUCUUUUUUUAUUUUUUUCUUAUUUUAUUUUCUUUCUUUAUUUUUUUUCUUUCAUGAUUUAUUGGCACACAGUUUUUUCUUUCUUUCUUUCUUUUUUUUUUAUUUUUUUUCUUUCUUUAUUUAUUUAUUUAUUUAUCCUCUUUCUGUUUUUUAUAUAUUUUUCAUCCAGUCUUUCUUUCUUUCUAUUUUUGUUGUAUUUUUCUUCCAGUCAUCAUCUUUCUUUCUUUCUUUCUUUCUUUCUUUCUUUCUUUCUUUCUUUCUUUCUUUCUGUUUUUCUUUCUUAUUAAAGUUUCAUCUCAAUUACGCUCCCUUCCUUCCUUCCUUCCUUCCUUCCUUCCUUCCUCAAGCUUUAUCCCAAUUACCCUUUCUUUCUUUCUUCCUUCCUUUCUUUCUUUCUUUCUUUCUUUCUUUCUUUCAUGCCUUAUUGGCACACAGUUCUUUCUUUCUUUCUUUCUUUCUUUCUUUCUUUCUUUCUUUUCUUUAUUUAUUUAUUUAUUUAUUUAUCCUCUUUCUGUUUUAUAUAUAUUUUCAUCCAGUCUUUCUUUUCUUAAAUAUAUUUUUGUUGUAUUUUUCUUCCAGUCAUUAUUUUUAUUUAUUUUCUUUCUUUCUUUUCUUUUUUGGAAUUUUCUUUUAUUUUUUGUAUUUUCUUCAUUAUUUCAUUUUUCUUUCUUUAUUUUCUUUUUUUUCUUUUUCUUUCUUUUCUUUUAUUUUCUUAUUUUUUUGUCUUCUUUUAUAUUUUUAUUUUCAUCUCAAUUUUUCCUUCCUGAAAUUCCUUCCUUCCUUCUUCCUUCCUUCCUUCCUUCCUUCCUUCCUGAAUUCCUUCCUUCCUUCCUCAAGCUUUAUCCCAAUUAAUUGUUUUCAUUCUUUAAAAAAUUUCUUUCUUUUCUUUUCUAUUUUUCAUUUCUUUCUUUCAUGCCUUAUUUGUACCAGUUCAUUUCUUUCUUUCUUUCUUUUAGUCAUUUUCUUUCUUUCUUUCUUUCUUUCUUUCUUUCUUAUUAAAGUUUCAUCUCAAUUUUUCUUCCUUCCUUCCUUUUCUUUUUAUUUUACUUUUUCUUUCUUUUUUUUCUUUCUUUCUUUCUUUCUUUCUUUCUUUCUUUCUUUCAUGCCUUAUUGGCACACAGUUCUUUCUUUUUUCUUUUUCAGAUAUACACUUUCAUUGUUACCGCUUUUAUACUUUUUAAUUAUCUUUCUUUUUCAAACUUUUUCUUUCUUUCUUCCUUCCUCUCUUUCUUUCUUUCUUUCUUUCUUUCUUUCUUUUUUACAUCCUUCAUUCAUUUUUUCUCUCUCUUGUUCGUUUUUUCUUUCUUUUUUAAUUCUCUUUCUACCUUUCCGUCCAUAUAAACUUUGUUUUUUUUUACUUCUUUUUUUGUUUUUUAUCUUUCUUUUUUCUUUCCUUUUAGUUCUUCUUUUCUCUCUUUCUAAUUCCCUUUCUUUCUUGACAUAUACAAUUUCUUUUUUUUUACUUCAUUCUUUGAAUUUAAUUAUUUUUCUUUCUUUGAAAUUUUCUUUCUUUUUCAAUUAUCUUUCUGUUUUUCGUUUUAAUUUCAUUUAG